AUGAAUAUUAUACUCGGCCUAGGCGUGGCCUUCGACCCCAUGCCGACGCAGGACAUCUGCGUCGCAGAUUUUAGUAAGGGAGCAAAAGAAUACGACAACCUCCCAUUGCCUUGCAAAGACCCUCUAGAAACCACAAGCAAGGACUUCUUCUCAGACGUCCUCAGCCAGCCUGGCAACGUCGACAACCCGUUAAAGCUAGCCGUCACCACACUCAACACCACUCUUGUCCCGGGUAGAAACACCCUUGGCAUGACCGUGACGCGCCUUGACCUCGGCCCCGGAGCUAGCUUCCCUCUCCACACCCACCACAGAGCAACCGAACUCUUCAUUGUCUUCAAAGGACAGUUGGAGGUCGGGUUUGUGACCUCCUCUCCUUAUUAUAAACUCUACAACAUGACUAUUCCAGAGGGUGGUGUCUUUUACGUACCUAUGGGGCUCCUUCACUAUCAGAGAAAUGCUUUGAAAGAUGGUAAUACAGUUGCGUUCAGUGUCUUCAACCGACAGAGCCCAGGGCUCAACGUAUUAACGCACGCCGCUUUCAAGCCCACCCCUCUCAUUCAAACCGGUUAUCUUGCCAGUGCCUUUCAGUUGGACGAGAAUACCAUUCGUAAGCUCCAGGGGAAGAACUGGGUCUAG